AUGACUGAGAAAGAGGUUACAAUUGAGGAACUGGACGAUACAGUAAAACAAACAAAUGAACAACUUGAUCUGAUGGAAUGGAAACUUGAUGGAGGGGGGAUGGAGAUAGUGGCUCCUAUCAACAACCAGGAUGUUUGUAUUGUCAAUUUACUGAAAUCUGUUUCUGAGGUUCGGUCCGACUACCAACAGCUUCGCCGUGAGUUAAUUGAAGUGCAGGCGCUGCAAAGGGAGCUAUCUACGCGCCUGCGCACACAGUUGCGACUAGUACAUGGGAAAUUCGCACGACUGCGACAAAGAAUCGCAGCCGCGUCGCCACCUCGUUAG